AUCGGAUGGGACCCGGUUACAGUUCCGUAUUGACUGUCGAUCACACAACAGCAGACUCGAAAAACUCACCCAUAAGUUUAUACAUAGUUUCGUUUGAAUUUCGUUUAAAUACAGAAUAACGGAAUAACAGCAGAACAGCACUCCUGAAAAUGACGACGGUUAUCGAAGACCCCGAGACGCUGAUUUCGAGGUUUGGAUGGCCGGACUACUUGGUGUUCGCUGCUAUGCUGUCUGUUUCGGCCAUCAUUGGUGUAUAUUAUGCAUGUGCCGGAGGAAAGCAGAGCACCACAUCCGAAUUUCUGAUGGCUGGUAGGAGUAUGUCGACAUUCCCCGUCGCCAUGUCGCUAAUUGCCAGCUUUAUGUCAGCUAUCACACUUCUGGGGACACCAGCUGAAGUGUAUCAGUUUGGAACGAUGUACUGGUUGAUUGGCGCAUCUUAUUUUAUCGUCAUGCCAGCGACAAAUUAUUUAUAUCUCCCCAUAUUCUAUAAGCUUCAAGUCACUUCAGCGUAUGAGUACUUGGAACUGCGCUUCCAUAAAGUGAUCCGCUGUUUGGGUUCGGCGACAUUUACAAUUCAAAUGAGUCUUUACAUGUCUGUUGUCGUCUAUGCUCCCGCACUUGCGCUUAGUCAAGUGACAGGAAUAAAUGUUUACGUCUCAGUCACUGCCAUUUUUGUCGUGUGCAUCUUCUACACUGUGGUUGGAGGAAUGAAAGCUGUUAUGUGGACCGACACAUUGCAAGUUAUUAUUAUGUAUGGUGCGAUGAUAGCGGUUGUUGCUAAGGGACACGUCGACGUUGGUGGCUUGUCUACGGUUUGGAAUGCCAAUCAGGCAACCGGGAGAGUCGAAUUUUCCGAUUUUGACGUUAAUCCUGGUAAGCGGCACUCAGUGUGGUCUUUGGUUGUUGGUGGAUAUUUCACCUGGAUUACCAUUUAUGGAGUGAAUCAGUCUCAAGUGCAACGGUACCUUACAGUUUCCACAAUGAAACAAGCAAGAGACGCCGUUUGGAUCAACCUCGUCGGAUUGUUCGUCCUUCUUGCGGUCUGCUGUUACGGAGGCAUGGUCAUUUUUGCUAAAUACGCCGAUUGCGAUCCUCUGUCAGCAAAGUACGUUGACAACCCGGCACAGCUAUUCCCAUUAUUUGUAAUGGACACUUUGGGUCACAUACCAGGUGUUCCCGGAUUAUUUGUUGCUGGAAUUUUCAGUGGCGCUCUGAGUACUGUGUCUAGCGGUCUCAACUCUUUGGCAGCUAUUUGUUUGGAAGAUUUCGUGCGACCUUUCUGUUGCACGGGAAUGACCGACGCGCGCGCUACCAAUGUCUCUAAAGGUUUAGCCAUGGGAUUUGGACUUCUCUGCUUUGGGUUGGUCUUCGUGGCUUCCCAGCUUGGCAACGUCUUAGAAGCUGCGCUGAGUAUUUUUGGAAUUAUUGGCGGACCUCUCCUUGGUGUCUUUACUCUGGGAAUCUUUUUCCCCUGGGCCAACGCUAUCGGAGCCGGAGUGGGCAUAUUGUCCGGUCUGGGUGUUAUGUUGUGGAUUGGAAUCGGGACACAAGUUGCCAAAGCCCAUGGUUUCCUUAAAUUAGAAACCAAGCCUUACUCUAUUGAAGGGUGUCGUGUAAUUAACGAAACUUUCGACGCAACACUUGCCGAAUUAGGUAGAUGGAUGUCGUCAACGAUGGCAUCGCCUCAAGCACAAACGGAAGAAGAGCCGCUUUCAAUUUAUCAUCUUUCGUACAUGUGGUACUCAACCGUGGGGUGCUUUACGGUGAUUAUAGUUGGAUUGAUAGUCAGCGCCAUCACCGGACUGCAGGAUCCGAGGAAACUCAAUCCGGGACUCAUUUGCAAUACAGGAGAAACGAUUUAUUGGUUUUUACCCAAGAAUAUGAAAGAAUUCUUAAGGUUUCAAGUCGGCGAUGAUUACCUGGCAGAAGAAGAUCAACAGGACGUCUGUAAAGAAGAAUCUAAUGGAGAAGCAAUCAACCCAGUUUUCGUGUCCAGUGCCACGCAAUCGGAUGGUCAAGUAAAUGUCGAAAAAUCUGAAGAAACGAAACUGUGAAAUUCGUGGCUGUCGAGCGCAUCAAAAGAUACAUAGAAUAUGAAUUGUGCCUCGAUUAAUCGGGCUGUAUAAAUGUAUGUUUUCCGUUGUCUGAUGAUCAUUUUAUUUUAUCAUGCUGCUAAUAAAUAGUCGACU